CUCCUCCACUCCCGUUCUUUCGAACGUCUUUUCCAACUUCCCUCCUCUAUCAGCUGUCGCAUCGGCUCGACGACUUCUUGAUUCUCGCACUCAUUUUGCUUCUACUUUGCUAAAUCUCUCACAUACCCUUCACCAUGGCUGACCAGCAAGUACCAACCUUCAAGCUCGUCCUUGUUGGUGAUGGUGGUACCGGAAAGACCACCUUCGUCAAGCGCCACUUGACUGGCGAGUUCGAGAAGAAGUACAUCGCGACUCUCGGUGUCGAAGUGCACCCUCUCCAAUUCCACACCAACCUGGGACACAUCCAGUUCGACGUAUGGGACACCGCUGGUCAGGAGAAGUUCGGUGGUCUCCGCGACGGUUACUACAUCAACGGACAGUGCGGUAUCAUCAUGUUCGAUGUUACCUCCCGUAUCACCUACAAGAACGUCCCCAACUGGCACCGUGAUCUCGUCCGUGUCUGCGAGGGUAUCCCCAUCGUUCUCUGCGGUAACAAGGUCGAUGUCAAGGAGCGCAAGGUCAAGGCCAAGACCAUCACCUUCCACCGCAAGAAGAACCUCCAGUACUACGACAUCUCCGCCAAGUCCAACUACAACUUCGAGAAGCCCUUCCUCUGGCUCGCUCGCAAGUUGGUCGGCAACCCCCAGCUGGAAUUCGUCGCCGCUCCCGCCCUGGCUCCCCCCGAGGUCUCUGUCAACCCCGAUCUCAUGAAGCAGUACCAGGACGAGAUGGAGGCGGCCUCUGCCAUGCCCCUUCCCGAUGAGGAUGACGCCGACUUGUAAGCGUGCGGUCCAUGAUGAGGCUCCGGGGCCCUCCCCGGUAGAUUUAUUCUCAUGGCUGUCGUGCUCACUCCCCGGGCACUGCCCGGGGUGCGGUGCGGUACCGUUUGCGAAAUCUGGGAAUCACGAAUGCCACGAUCGAUCAGCAGUCAGG